AUGAUACUGAAUAUGUUGAAGUCAAUGCUGUCUAAUUUCGAUAUGGAUCCAGUAGUCAAGCUGCCAGCACAAAAGCUCGCUAUAAUUCAACACAAGCCAUUAGAGGCGCCUGAUUUGUCGAAAAUUAGGUCGUUGGCCUCGCCUGGAGAGAAUCUAGACAUGGCCCAGUUCGAUGGACAGAGAUAUGUGCAGCCAUGGAAGAAAACAAGAAAGGGCAUUGAAUUUCUGGAUGUAUUCAAAUUAUUGAUCGUUUCACUGGGCGCCAAAGCGCCUUCCAAGAAAGAAGUUAGUUCUAUGCUGAGUUGCAAAAUGAAUUGGCAAUUGAUCAAAUCCCCUCCCGAUUCCGGUGGGACACAAGUGACGUGGAUGGGCCAUGCUUGCUUCCUCAUUCAGAUAGACAAUAUUAAAAUCCUCACUGAUCCCGUAUGGAGCAAACGUUGCUCUCCUUCCAAGUUCUUAGGACCGAAAAGGUUUUGUCAGGCCCCGUGUCGUAUAGAAGAGUUACCGCCAAUUGACGUGGUUGUCAUAUCUCACAACCACUAUGACCACUUGGAUGAGUACACCAUUAAAAAGCUGGGCAAUGCCCCGAUUUACGUUGUGCCUUUAGGGAAUGGAAAGACGUUGCGUUCCAUGUGUGUCAACGCCGGUCGUAUCGUAGAGCUCGACUGGUGGCAAGAGUGUUCAAUUACGCCGAAGGUAAGUUUGGUCUGUCUGCCGGCGAAGCACUGGUCGAAAAGGGGACUUUUGGAUAACAACAAGGCCCUUUGGUCGAGUUGGGGCAUAUUAGGAAGCUCAGUGAAGGUGUAUUUCUCUGGAGAUAGUGGAUACUGCAGCGCGUUCAAAAGCAUCGGGGAAAAGCUAGGUCCAUUCGACUUGGCGUUGAUUGGAAUUGGCGCCUAUUCACCAGACAGUCUAAGAGAGUUUCACAUGUCUCCAGAAGAUUCUGUCAUGGUACAUCUGGACGUGAAGAGUAAAAAAAGCAUUGCUAUGCAUUGGGGGACAUGGAAGCUGAGUCUGGAACAUGUAUUUGAUCCACCAAGAGAGUUAAAACGACAAUUGAAAAUGCGCAUGUUAGACCCUGACAGCUUCAUUUCCAUUCGAUGCGGCGAAACCCAACAAGUUCUAGGUGCAAUUCAAGACCAGGAAGAAGAAGAGGUCUUACUCGAGUCAAAUACAUAA